AUGGGACAAUCGCCCUCACAAUUCAUGGAGGACAUGGAGAAGCGGUCCAACUUCAACGCUUCCGAGCUUGAACGGCUGAAAAAGCGAUUUAUGAAGUUGGAUAGCGACGGAUCCGGUUCUAUAGAUCGCGAAGAGUUUCUUCAAAUCCCUCAGAUAGCAAACAACCCUCUUGCAUCUAGGAUGAUAGCCAUCUUCGACGAGGACGGUGGAGGAACUGUGGAUUUCCAGGAGUUUGUCGGCGGUUUGAGCGCGUUCAGUAGUCGGGGUGGACGCGAGGAGAAGUUAAGAUUUGCUUUCAAGGUAUAUGACAUGGACCGCGACGGCUUCAUUUCGAACGGGGAACUCUUCCUUGUUCUGAAGAUGAUGGUGGGUAACAAUCUGAAGGACGCACAACUGCAAGAGAUCGUAGAUAAGACAAUCAUGGAGGCUGAUAAAGACGGAGAUGGAAAACUCUCUUUUGAGGAGUUCACGAACAUGGUAGCGAAUACCGACAUUGUAAAGCAAAUGACCCUUGAAGAUUUAUUCUAA